UAGAUACACGAAGAGUUUUAUUUAUUAGUUGGUUACGCACCUUGGUCGUUCUGUAAUUUAAUGUUUUAAGGAUGAUGAUAAAAGUAGACAAAUAUUGAAAAAAAAAAUGUUAAAGAUCCAUUACCAAGUAUGACUCUCAUAAAGAAUAUGAACUGUUUAAGGAUGAAAUGGAAAGGAGAUUAGUGUUGAUACUUUAUUCAAAACAGUGAUAAGUACGAUUUGCAAACAUGAAAUUGAAAGAAGAAAUUGAACGAUGGAAGGACAGAAAAAUGAAUUUUAUACGAUUUGGAUUAUUAUUUAUCGUUUAUAUAAUAUAUUUAUGUUUUGGAGCUAUGGUGUUUUCACUUGUGGAAGCACCGUUAGAGGAUGAAAUAAGACUUGAUAUUUAUAAUGCACGGAAUUCCUUCAAGGCAAACGCAACAUGUAUUUCAGAUGCAGAACUGGAAGAGUUCAUAGUGAAGAUUGUGCGAGCCACUAAUCGAGGUAUAUCAGCCGUCCGGAAUGUUACAAGUUCAAAUCCGAACUGGAGCUUUGGACAGUCACUGUUCUUUGCCGGCACUGUUAUAACAACCAUUGGUUAUGGUCGCGUCACGCCAUUGUCUGAAGCUGGAAAGGGUUUCUGUGUAUUGUAUGCCAUCAUCGGAAUCCCUCUGACGCUUAUCAUGUUUACUGCGAUUGUCGAGCGUCUGAUGAUUCCAACCUCGUGGUUUCUACAAUUCAUGUUUAGAAAGCUAGGACAUUUGUACAAAGUAUUUCAUAUACAGCUUCUGCAUUUGACAGUUAUUAUCACUCUAGUCAUAGUGUUUUUCUACUUGAUACCAGCCGCUAUCUAUGUAUCAAUAGAACCAAACUGGAACUAUUUGGACGCCUUUUAUUACUGCUUUAUUUCGCUUACAACUGUUGGAUUGGGGGACUAUAUUCCUGGAGACUCUCCUGAUCAACCGCUUCGUCCAUUGUACAAAGUAGCAACUACAUUUUACCUGUUCAUAGGUCUCAUGAUGAUGAUGUUAAUUCUCGCGGUACUCUACGAGAUUCCAGAACUAAAUAUAGGGUUCCAUUUCUAUCUUAAAAGUGAUACAGAUGAGGAUGAGCGUAUGAGGCUACAGUCAUCAGCAACUUCCGGUCAGAAAUAUUCCAAACAGAUAGACGAAGAGCCGGCACCGGCAUCGGAGUACCAGGGUAUUCCUAGCUUUCCUCGACCGCAAGCAACUUAUCAGUCAACGGAUGGUUCUUUACAACAGUCACAGUAGGAGUUUGUGUGUAGUUGUGUAGAAUCAAAUGACACAUUCUAUUUACCUUCUGCAGCAGAUGGAAGUAAGAAUUUAGAAAGAAGUACGAAUGACAAAAUGGAAUGAUGAUUGAAAUUUUAAGUGUUUUGUCAUCGCUGUUUGGAUUUUUUCAAAUAUUCCUUCUAUUUAAAGGCAUUUCUUCGUCAAUACAAAGUCAUAGGAUGCUUCUAAAAGAGUGAAUGACAGCCGCUGCUCUAAAAAAAUAGGUUUGCCUCUGAUUUCUAUAUUAUUUCAAAUUAAAUAAAAUGCAUUUUAUUAUCUUGAAACGGUUUAUCAUGAAGAAACAUUACUACGAACGUUAUAAAGUAUACAGGUGCUUGUCAGUCAAUGUGUAUAGUAUGAAAUGAAAUCAUUGCAUAAGUUGUUGCCAUCCUUUACAUCAAAUAUACGCAUCGCUUUCAAAUUCAGAAGGAAACUAUUAAAAGUGUUCAAGACGUUACAAUUUAUUAACAAUUCAUCAAACGCAGAAAAAGGAAGAAAGAAAAUUUAGCUGGUAACAUGUUUAGUGUAUACUACUUGGUCACGUGAUUUGUGUAUACAAUUGGUAUGCUAUUAUUUUGUAAUUGUUUAUAUUGAAAUUAUUUUCAUUUGAAUGCGUUUUAAAAGUUGAAAUUCUGAUAUUUACAAGAAAGUUCUUACAUUCUGCAGUACAGAGGCAACUUUAACAUAAAGGUGAACAGUUCCGAAUUUUCUGAGUAGUAUGUAUGUUUUGAAAAAAAUAGAUAUUUACUUAGAUAUUAGUUAUAUUUAAAUACGACUGUCGUGACUACCUAUUUAACUUCGACUGGGUAUCAGCUUUUAAUGUAGAUGUAGUAUUAACAAGUUUUACGAACAAUGUGGCUGUAGUUAGUGACAUAGUUUAUUUACAUGUAUAUUGUAUGAACUUACGCCAAAUUGAAUGUACACGUAUUGUAGACGUCAUUUAUGGUUAUUUAUAGUUUCCCGUAACGUUGUACAUGAAAGUGAUAAGCAACCCGUAGCACCGCUGGUACAUUUUUUAGGCUUUAUUUAUUUAUAGUGAUUGUAGCUUUUAAAAUUUUCUAUUCUAGUCGAUCAGUAAUUAGUUUGUUAUCAUGUUGUAAUAAUGUUAAGUGAACUUUGUUCACAUUAUUGUUUCUUAAAACAUAAAAAAACCCAGAUAUAUACUUGUAGUUAAUUUUUGUAUGUAUUCCCCUUUCUUCUAAAAGAAGAGGAUUCUUAGAAGCACUUUACGCUGUCUUGAACAGAUAUAGGUAAUCGCUUAGCUACAUUAUGGUUGAAAGUUAAAUUCAUGUUUUGACCUUGACAUUAAGAUGACGAAAGUUAUAUUCUUCUUUUGACCUUAGCGUUAAGAUGAAAUACAUUCAAAGCAAUAACACGAUUGUGAAAUCAUUUGCAAAAGGAUCUAAACAUAGGCCACGUUUCAUGUAAAGCAAUAGACUUAUCAUUGUCAUGACAAUUUAGUAAGUAAUAAAUUUGAAACACAAAAAAUCUAGUGCAAUGCAGAAUAUAUUUUAUUUUUAUUACCUGAAAUCAAAGUUUUGAAAUUAUCUUCUUAUUAUUGCUGUUUUCUGUAAAAAAUAGAUUUUAGAUAAUAUUAUUGUAUCAGUUAUUGUACAUGUAUGGUGUGUAUGUGCGAGGUAGAUACAAGAUCUUUAGUAAAUAAGUUAUUGGUUGUGAUCUCCUUGUCUUUCUUUGUUAAUCUUCCUGUUGGUUUUAUGGAGGACCAUUGCUCCUUAUAAGCGCAUAUUUUGAGUCCCGAAAUAUGUUUUUAAGUCGUCGACGGGGAUUUCAAAUAUGUCAGCUCGAUCAGUCAUAAGUAGUAACUGUAGUUAAUUGUUUGCACCUUCUCAAAGUGUGUGAUCGAGUUUAUUCUGUAUUACGUAUUUGUAUUUAUUAUUUCCGAAAUCAUAAUGAAUAAGGUUUAGAUAACAGUUUUCGUUUGCACCAAACUAUCAGAAGUGAAACAUAACACUUAGUACAAAUAAUAUAAAUCAAAAAUAGUUUUACAUGGCGCAGAAAUAACAUACUCUAUAAGAUUGAUAAUUGAUGCUAAUAUCAAUUAAUUAUCAACAUUGCAUUUUUUGUCAGAAAACAGUUUAUUAUAUUUGACUAUUCAGAAUGUUAAAUAGUCUUUGGAUUUUUAUAACUUGCUAAAUUAACAUAUUCUGUUGUGGCUCAACUUGAAUUACGAUUAUUUUGGGCGCCAUGCAGUUGGUUGUUACUUCCUGUCUUAUUUACAUUUUUAUAUUUUUUCCAAAUAUAUUUCCAGAUAUUAGUUUAUAUCCUGUUAUAUAUUAUAUAGUCAUUGUUAUUUACAUUUGUUAAUAUCUGCUUAGUGCUGUAUUCUCUCGUCUUCAAUAUUAAAAUAAAUUUUAUAAAUGUC